AUGGAGAGGACUGGAUCCUCAGGGCGCCUCUGGGAAUUGCAGUCUGAGCGCAGCUCCGGGCAGGGAGGUGCCUUCGCCACUCUCCCUGACUCUGCCCCUAGCGGCGCGGAACUACGAGUCCCAGGGUCCCUUGCGGCCACCGUAGUCAAGUGGCCGGUGGAAUUGGCCCAGGAUGACAGCUGGAGAAUGGAGUCAGUUUUGUCCAAGUAUGAAAACCAGAUUACUAUUUUUGCUGACUACCUAGAAGAGUUUCCAGAUACAGAUGAGCUGGUAUGGAUCUUGGGAAAACAGCAUCUUCUUAAAACGGAAAAAUCUAAGCUGUUGUCUGAUAUAAGUGCUCGUCUAUGGUUUACAUACAGGAGGAAAUUUUCACCAAUUGGGGGAACAGGCCCUUCGUCAGAUGCUGGCUGGGGAUGUAUGCUACGCUGUGGACAGAUGAUGCUGGCUCAAGCCCUUAUCUGCAGACACUUGGGAAGGGACUGGAAAUGGGAGAAACAGAAAGAACAACCCAAAGAAUACCAACAAAUCCUACAGUGCUUCUUAGAUAGAAAAGACUGUUGCUACUCUAUCCAUCAAAUGGCACAGAUGGGCGUAGGAGAAGGGAAAUCAAUCGGCGAAUGGUUUGGACCAAAUACAGUUGCACAAGUGUUGAAAAAACUUGCUUUAUUUGAUGAAUGGAAUUCCUUGGCUGUUUAUGUUUCAAUGGAUAACACCGUGGUCAUCGAAGAUAUCAAAAAAAUGUGCCGCACACUGUCCUUGAGUGCUGACAUACCUGCUGAGAGGCCCCUGGAGUCUCUGACUGCUUCCACCCAGAGUAAGGGCCCCUCGGCCUGCUGCACGGCCUGGAAACCCUUGCUGCUUAUUGUGCCCCUCCGCCUAGGCAUAAACCAAAUCAACCCUGUCUAUGUUGACGCCUUCAAAGAGUGUUUUAAGAUGCCACAGUCUUUAGGGGCAUUAGGAGGAAAACCAAAUAACGCCUAUUAUUUCAUAGGAUUCUUAGGUGAUGAGCUCAUUUUCCUGGACCCUCACACAACCCAGACCUUUGUUGACACUGAAGAGAAUGGAACAGUUGACGACCAGACUUUCCAUUGUCUGCAACCCCCGCAGCGGAUGAACAUCCUGAACUUGGAUCCUUCCGUAGCAUUGGGGUUUUUCUGCAAAGAAGAAAAAGACUUUGAUAGCUGGUGUAGCCUUGUUCAGAAGGAAAUUCUAAAGGAAAAUUUAAGGAUGUUUGAAUUAGUUCAGAAACAUCCAUCACAUUGGCCUCCCUUUGUUCCUCCAGCCAAGCCAGAAGUAACAACCACAGGGGCAGAGUUCAUUGACUCUACUGAACAACUAGAGGAGUUUGACCUGGAGGAAGAUUUCGAGAUUCUGAGCAUAUAA